AACCUUAUAAUUAUUUCAACCGUCUUCGAGAAAAAUGGUCGCAAUGCCAAGAGCAAUGCGUCGAUGGAGUCUCCUCUUCAUCGGGCUCGUCGCCAUAAUCAUCUGGACAGUCAAUGGCGCUGUCCCGAAGAGACUGCGGUUCGAUGGUGACUGGCAAUCCCUACCCAACAGAUUCAACAAGGAAGGAUGGCUCUCCGGUGUCCUCCCCGGCUCCUCAACACAAAAGACCCGAGACUUCACACGAAGCGACCUCCCGUCCCUCCCGACGCGUUGUCCAGUCUACACCUACUUCGAUCCUUCACAGCACGGGGCGGCCACUCUCGCGACAGAACAGCAACUCCUCCUAACCUGGCGCCGCGCAUUCUGGGCCGCAGGAUUCCUCCCCGCCGUCCUCGGCCCCGACGAUGCAAUGAAAGACCACCGUGCAAUCGAGCUCGCGGCUUCGUACCCCGGAAAGAAACUUCCAUCCGACGUCGCCUCCAUCCUCGCAUGGGCCGAGAAAGGCACGGGCGGAGUUCUCUCCGACUAUCGUAUCGUCCCGUUGACGAUGCCGGACACAACAUUGUUACAAGAGCUGAAUAACUGCAAAUUCGAUAAACUCCAAGCAUACGAAUCCACAGGCCUCGGCUUCAUCCACGCCUCCGCCGAAUACGCAAACCAACUCGCAAACCACCUCAUCAAACCCACCAACCCCGGCGCCUCAGCCCUCGACCAAUCCAAACGUCUCUUCGAAGUCCACGCCGACCCGCCUCCCUCGAUUGCCUAUUACUCCCCCGCCAACAUCGAAAACCUCGGUAUCAAACCCGAGAAAUUACCGGAGGUGGUUAAUAGUCAUUUGCAUGAGUCUUGGAUACGUGCGCAUAACACUACGGGAAUCACGGCCCUUGACCCCUUCAAGAAAAACAAACACGCUCAAUUUCUCUCGCUCAGCGCCUACCGCACAGCCUACGCCCUCUCUCGGUGUCCUCCCUCCCCGCUCUCCACCCCCUCGUGCCCACCAUUCCACCCAGACUGCGUGGCCUGCGUCUCAAUCACCCUCACAAACACAACCAACAUCCCCGCCACCACGAACGAGAAAUCCCCGUUCAUGGUAGCAACAAUCCCCCACCCCAGAACCUUCGCCGCCCAAUUCCACCAACGCACACCCCUCCCCGCAGAUUUCGUCCGUAGACGCGUCCGUCGCGAUUUGUGGACGACUGCCGUCACGCUCUCCACUAUGUCCAAGAAGGCUGGAGCGCCGGCACGGGGGGAGGUUGUUAAGAGGGCGGUGUUGGGGGCGGAUGAGGUGGUGGGGAGGAAGAGCGGGGCGUGGACGGCCUGGGAGAGUGGGAGAGAGAAGACCGCUAUCGGAGCAUUUGGGAGCCUGUAA